AUGGAUCUUGUUUACAAGCUUUACAAAAAUCAAGAAUCCUCAUAUCUUCCACGUAAAAUUCUCCAAUCCCUAACAUACUCUUUCAUGGGAUUAACUUCAAAGAUAGCCUUGUCACGUCAUCAGCUAAACGUUGUCGGUUCGGAACGCCUUUUAUUGGCCAUUGACAAAAGACCUAGUAAUCAGCCUUUGAUUACAGUCAGCAAUCACCAUUCGUGUCUUGACGAUUUUUUCUUGUGUGGUUCGUUGCUUAAACUUAGGCAUUUUGCUAAUGUAACCGUAUGUCGUUGGUGCUUGACAGCUGUAGAUAUAUGUUAUACAACUUCGCUUCAUACCAACUUCUUCUUCUGGUUCAGAGGAGUUCCUAUAUGGCGAAGGGUUCGUGAUCCGCUAUCUGGUAAAAUAACUCACUUUGGUGGGGGGGUUUAUCAACCUAGUAUGGAUUUUUGCAUCAAUUUACUAAAUUCUGGCCAAUGGGUACAUGUAUUUUCCCAGGGGAGAAUUAUUCAACCUCAUGAACGUGGUUCUGAAAAAAAUAUUCGCCUGCGUUGGGGAAUCGGACGAUUGAUAGCCGAAUCAAAAGAAGUAAGCUUUCGAUCCACUUGUAAUUCCUGUUUGGCAUUGCGGUCUAGAUCAACUAAAUCCUUCUGAGGUUCCGAAUACGUCUACUACGCUGUCAUGUAUAUUUGGAAAACCGCGUCAGCUGACUGUUGUAGUAGGUAAACCAAUCGAUACCCAUGGUUUACGUGAAGAAUUAAAGAAUAAUUCAUCAGAAUAUUUGGCCUCAUCAGAAUUUCGUUCACAUAUACACUCUAUGUAUACUCAGGUUGUCCAAGAACAGCUAUAUAAACUCAAAGAAGAAGCCGAAUGUGAGCAUCAAAGACUAAAUCUGAUCUAAAAACUGUGAAUAGCUUUAUUAGACGUCUACUUUUUUACCUUAUAUUUUUAGAAUUGUCAUAAUGAAUAAAAAGUUUUUCCUACGU